UUAUCAGUAAUCAAAUGUCAAUACGGAAGUUAACAAUUUUUGUUCUUAAAUUUUGACUUAAUCCUAGUUUUAAAUAAUCAUUAUUAAAUAUUCAAAUCCAAAUAAAACACAUUAAAUAUGUCAAUGUUUAUUUAUUGAUAAAAGGAAAUGUGUUUUUGUCAAGGUUAAAAUAUAAAAAUACUACACGUAAACAACUGAUUGACCAUGGAAUGUAGCUGGAUAAAGAGUUCACCUAGUUUAAAGAGAGGUAUUGAUAUUAUAAAUCCAUUAGAAGACAUAAAAUUUGAACAAUUCUUGAAAAGGAUUGUUGUAAAACUAAAAAUUCAGGACCUGGAAAUAUUUUCAGAAGAUGAAAAGAAAAAACUCGAGAAAAUCUUUAAAAUUAAUGAAGAUCAACUUGUAUUAGCAAUAAAAACCAUAAUUUAUAUAUUUAAAAGAAUCCUAAAAUAUAUCUUUAAGCCCGUAAAUUUGACUAAUGACUUGAAAAUGUUAGGAUUUAAUUCAGAAAAAACAGCAUCAAUCAUUAAAGUGUGGUCUAUAGAAACAAGCUCAACUUUAAAUGACUUAACGUCAACAACAGAGAACAAAUGCCAGGACAAUCCAGAUUUCAAUUGGAAACUAAAUACAGAAUUAAGUUCGGAAUAUCAAAGGAAAUGUAAAAUUCCUAAAGCAUAUAUAAAAAUGUCAGAUAAACAUAAUGAAACUGAAGUAGAAUUAACACAUAAAGAAAUACAUUCAUUAUUUUUACAAAUUGAAUCAAUACAAAAUGAAUUAGAUAAUCUAAUGUAAUGUCGUGUUAUUUCAUUGUUAUACAAAAAGUGCCUUGUGUUGAAAGUUGAUAUAUAUUUUGAGUAUAAAUAUAUAAAUAUGUUUAUCUUAUCAAAAAAAUUAUGUCUGUUGUUGUUUAUUAUAGUAAGAUGAUAAAAUACACCAUAUUUAUUCCUUUGUUAAGCAAUAUACAUAUCUGCAAACAUUGAAA